GUUAUGUUUGUUAGAUGAUGGGUUCAGUGCUGAUUUGUGUCUUGAAAUCGAGGAAUAUCAGUGGGUACAUGCAAAGAGAACCAUGAUCCAUUGGUAAGCUUUUGUGUAUUAGGAAUUUGCUAUUAGUUAUAUGAACUCGAUGUUGAGAUGUGGGGAAAUGUAUUGAAUUGGGAUGGAUAUGUGCAGUCAGCCCUUGAAGUUUCUAAUUCUAUCACGUUCAGCAUAUUUAUUUACCAGAGCAAGCUUUUUGUGGCUCUGUGGACUCUGGACAAUUUAUUUUCAUUUCAUAAUUUAAGGCAUUUUAGCUUGCAUGUAGUGUGAUCUUUUGAGCAACCAUUAUUGACUUCUAAUAUAGUAGGAUCUCUACCAUUUGGAUGUUGUAUAUCUUCAUUUAAGUGGUUAUCAGUGAGUCGUUUGUUCCGCCUUUUAAUUAUUUAAUUAUGAUAUGCUACAGGCAGCACAGGCCUGGUUCCUACCCCAGAGACGCUGAAAUUCACCAGCAAGCUACUUGCAGAUUGCAAUGUCAAAGUUUACAGGGAUAACUUGAAGAUGCCAGCACAGAUUCUGGAUGACAAACAGAAAAUAGCGUCACGGUUUAUUUCGGGCAAUGGAUUAGUUGAAGAUCCCUGUGCUGUUGAGAGGGAAAGAGCUAUGAUUAAUCCCUGGACUUUGGAGGAGCGUGAAGUCUUCAUUGAUAAGCUGGCUUCUUGUGGUAAGGAUUUCACGAAAAUUGCUUCUUUUCUUGAACACAAGACAACUGCAGACUGUGUGGAAUUUUAUUACAAAAAUCACAAGUCUGAUUCUUUUGGGAAAAUCAAGAAGAAUAAGCCAUGCAAGGCUUCGACAAACUACUUGAUGUCAUCGAGUAAGAAAUGGAAUCAUGAGAUGAAUGCGGCAGCUUCACUGGACAUUUUGGGUACUGCGUCAGUUAUGGCUGCUGCUGAUUCUGACAGAGGCAUGGGAAGCAGGAAGAUGCAUUCUACUAAAAUCCUCAUCAGAGGCUAUAAUAAUAGUAAUCGCAAAAUAUUGCGGAAUGGGGAUGGUAAUUCAUCACAAAGGUCAAAUAAUUAUGAUGUCUUGGUCAAUGAAAGAGAAACUGCUGCUGCUGAUGUGCUUGCUGGCAUUAGUGGUUCGAUGAGCUCUUGCAUUACUACUUCUGCAGAUCGUGGUGAGGGAUUCCACGAACAUAAGGCCCGGAAGAGAGAUAAUGGUGACAGACGACCUUCUUUAUCUGAUGUAACCCAGAGUUUGGAUGAGGAAGAAAUUUGUUCUGAUGAGAGCUGUGGGGAAAUGGAUCCUGCUGCUGAUUGGACAGAUGAGGAGAAAGCAGCUUUUGUUCGGGCAGUUUCUUUACAUGGCAAGGAUUUUGCAAUCAUCUCCCGUUGUGUCCAGACAAGGUCUCGGGAUCAGUGCAAGGUGUUCUUUAGCAAGACAAAAAAGUGUCUUGGGCUGGAUCAGAUUCAUUCUGGAAGGGAGACAGUUGGCCCAUCAUUGAGCGAUGAUGCAAAUGGAGGUGGAAGCGACAUGGAAGAUGCUUGUGCUAUUGAGAAUGGCUCGGAUGAAUUUCCUUCUCAGGUGGACCAAUACCUGCCUCCUGUUAUGUGCACUGUUGGGAAGAACCCAAAGCAGGAUGUUUGUGAUGGUGAAGCUAAAGUUAAUCUUGAAACUGAUUUGAAUUUAUCUGAGGAUAAAGAUGCAGGAGAAGUAGCUGUGGAAGAGGAGCAUUUGAUAGAUGUAGAUGCUGCUGUGGUUUGUAAUGGCCCGAAAGAUCACUUGCUUCUGUCAACUGAUCUUGUUGAUGGUGAAGUCAUUAAUGGGUUUGUUCAUCAUAAAUCUGUUUCCGUGAACUGUCAGAAAGUUUCAGUAGAGUCUGGCGUUACAGAGGGUGAGCGAGAGUGUGGGAUUAAAGAGGGCUUUUCAGAUUCUGGAAAUAGUUUGAUACAAGAUUUGAACAUAACCAAAGAUCUUUCACAUCCUCCUCCAUUGGAUAUGGGCUCUUCCUCAAAUGAAAGUCCUGUUACUGACACUGUGAAUCAAAGGCAAGCUGAAGUGAGUUCUGUGGCCACAAGUGUGGCGGCCAUGUCUUUCCCAUUGGAAAGUAGUAACAUGGCUAGUGCAGACUCUGUCAUAAUGGACUGUUCUGUAAUAACAAAGUAUGAUAAAGUGGAUCUCUCGGGUAGCAUAUCAAGUGGUGAUGAUAUUCACGAGAAUCUUGGUAAACAGGAUGGGAUGUCUAUAUGUGGAAAUGGCUAUGUACGGCCUUUGCUUGGCCACCCUGUGCUGAACCAUUGGGGAUCUGCUCAACUUAAUAGUAGUGCUUGCACAGCUCGGAUUCCCGCAAUGGUGCCAAACAACGGAAGUUCCUGUAGACCUAUUUCUGAUGGUGCACACCUUUUGAAAAAAGCUGAGGAGAUUAUUAUGUCAAAUCGGUUGGAAGCUGAGGCCCACUUCCUCCCAAACACCAGCCAACAUUCUGAGCGAGCAAGUGAGCAGCCUCGGAGUUUGUCAGAGGUGCAAAAGCCAUGCAGGAGUGGUGAUGUUAAACUAUUUGGUAAAAUACUGAGUACUCCUGCAACUUCAUCACAGAAGAAGCCAGCCCAUCCUCCUGAAACACAUAGGCAUGGUGAAAAUGGCUGCACUUCGAAGACAAGCAGCAGCAGCUCAUCAACCUUGAAAUCUACUAGCCAUCCCGAUCCCAGAUCAUCAGAUGUGGCGAAUUUGACGAGUUCUUUGAAUUUUGAUCAGAACAAAUGUGUUGCAGUGAAUAAUGUUCCAAUGAGCUACGGUUUCUGGGAUGGGAGCAAAAUACAGACAGGGCUGACUUCAUUGCCUGAUUCUGCCAUCUUGCUCGCCAAGUAUCCUGCUGCAUUUAGCAAUUACCCUGGGGUUUCUUCAUCAUCAAAGAUUGAUCAUGCAACAGCAUUGCACGCUGUUGUUGCUAAGAACAGCGAUCAACGGAGUAUGAAUAGCAUACCUAGUUUCCCUCAGAAGGAUGUAAGUAGCAGCAGCAGUAAUGCACUGCUGGAUUUCCAAAGGUACAUGAGUCAUCAUGAUGCUACCAACAAAGUGCAGCAGCCGUUUGGGUUUGAUACGAUUUCAAGUUUACAGCAACAUGGAAUGGCAGCGGCAGCAGUAGGAAUGGGGAUCGGUAGUAUUGCAGCAGGUAAAGGUGGAGGAGGUGGUGUUAUCAGCCAGGCCGUUUCUGACCCUGUAGCGGCCAUAAAAAUGCACUUUGCCAAGAAUGAUAAUCAAUUUGGUGGUUCCCCAAAUGGUGGGACUAUAAAUGUGUCAAGGCAGGAUGAUUCUACUAGUUGGAGAGGCAAGGGGGAUGUGCUGAGGUAGUGAAUCGGCUGGCUGAAGGGAAGGUCCCAGUGGCAAUUGAAUG